AUGCUACCUAGAGGGCUCACGAUGGAGGCUUCGAGUGUGAUAGCUCUGUCAACUCUCUCUAUUCAUCACUUGGGUCAAUAUUCACGACUCUACGACUGUUUGAUCCUUACGGAGAGGGUAGCAUUGCUGCUCAUCAUACCGCUGUUCAAUUUCAUCUAUAUCGCAUAGUAAUCCCAUGUUUCCAAUACCUUCAGAGCUACAGAAGACGAUCAUUUCUCUUUUGGAAAACUAUCAGCUCACAAAAUGAUGUGCUUCGGACCCGUGGUACUCUUAGCUUCAGUCGCCAAUUUAAUCUUUUCCUCGUAAUCACCGUACCCCACGACCGGCACAUCCACAAUCUUUCCAUCCUCAACAUACACUUCUUCCCAUCCAGCGCGCAAACUACCCUUCGAGUUAUCAAUCACGUUCGUCUCCGUAGCGGUGAUGGCUUGGAAGUCCGGGUCCGUAAGUAUGUUCUUCAUGGUCUCAACAUCGCGGACCCAGACGCUGACUUCGAUGUCGUGAUCAUCGAUCUCCCAGCCGGGCUGGACCGCCCAUGACAUCUGAUUGCGAAAGAUGUCGCGAA